AUGACGUCCAACAUUCGCUUCAAUGCCAUGGUCGACACGAUUACAAGAGAUGGGAAGGCAACCGGCCCUGUUUUGGGGAUGGUGCCCCGCAGUCGACGUGGCUAUGUUCCUGUGACGAGUUGCGAUGAGCUCAGUUUCGUUCUCAGUGGUGUACUGAUGAGAAUUAUCGCAAGCAAGGGACUUGGAAGCCAGCAAUUAAUCCAAGACCAAUCAUUCUUAUGCCUAGAGAUGGACCAGUGUUGGAUUGACUACCGUGAAAGCAAUCGGCAUCAGCAUAUAUCCUAG